CACUCUCCCUCUCUCUCUCUCUCAGGCCGGUCAUGUUGGGAGAACUUGGGGCAGACAAUGGCGCAGUGUUAGUGCGCCAUGGCCGGUCACAGGACUUCCAGGACAGAGCCAAUUAGGGGACGACAUGAAGUUAAGCGUAAAGAGUCUGGAGCUAAACUUUGCCGCAGUUUGAGGAGCACUUUUACGCAGCGUUAGGAGAGCAACUGCGCUCGUAAAACUUGUACAUUUGUAAACUUUUUUUUUUGUUUUUUUAAGUGUUAGUUUUUCAUUUGGAGCUCGAGACAUGGCUCUGUCCCAGGUCCAGUGUCUGGACGACAACCACGUGAACCCGAGGACGCACGAGUCCAAACCGGAGUUCUUGUACUGCGAGGACCAGAGGCUCGCGCUGGAGACAUUCCUGCGGGACGGCCGCGAGGCGUUCGUGAAGUACCUGGGAGCCCGGGACCUGCGCGGCUUCCUCUCGGACCCGGAGCUGGAGACCCUGGCGGAGGUGGUGGAGCCCUACGACCCGGGCUCGGAGCUCUUCUUCCCGGAGGAUGGAGAUGGAGAUGGAGAUGGAGAGGGAGACGAGCCGCCGCUGUCGCUGCACUACUGGCCCGAGCUGUCGGACACGUCCGUCCCGCAGAUGGACCUGAGCUGGCCGGACAACGUGUCGUACCGCGGGGUGACGCGCACGUCCGUGUACACGCAGCCGCCCCUCGAGGGUCAGGUGCACAUCAAAGAGGUGGUCAGGAAAAUGAUUGCGCAGGCGCAAAAGGUAAUAGCAGUGGUGAUGGACGUGUUCACCGAUGUCGACAUCUUCAGAGAUUUGCUGGAUGCUGGUUUCAAGAGGAAGGUUUCCGUCUACAUCAUGUUGGAACGCUCAACUCUACCUCAUUUCCAGUCAAUGUGUCAGAGGGCCAACAUGCACGCCGGGCACCUCAAGAACCUCCGUGUCCGCUGCUCAGAUGGAGCAGAGUUCUACACUCGGUCCUGCAAAAAGGUCAGAGGGCGAAUGGGACACAGAUUCAUGUUCAUCGAUGGAGACAAAGCUGUGUCUGGGUCAUAUAGUUUCACCUGGAUGUCAUCACGCCUGGACAAAAAUCUCAUCACCGUGGUUACGGGCCAGGCAGUGGAGGCCUUUGACAGGCUGUUUCGCGUCCUCUACGCGACCUCCACCUCGGUUGACCUCCGGCAGGUCGCCACGGAGCCCCAACCCGAACUGGAGCCCCUCCCACAGCCGGUCCCGGUGGCCGCUACUUCUGCUGCUAUUGCCAGGAAACUGUACAGCCCAAAAUAUGCCAUGCUUGCUCAAAGCAACCCCAGCCCCGCCCCUGAGCCGAAAGAGGCCGAAAAUCUGCAGAACUCCAAAGAAACCAAGAGGGAGAGGCGGAAGCGGGUGAGCAAAGAAGCCAUACAGGAGGAUCCUCCCCUCCACCCCGGACUCACCCAUCUAGAGAAAGUAUGCAUGAUGUCAUACCUGCCCACCUGGCCAGAACCCGACCCCCCCAGUGAUGUAAUUGGGUUCAUUAACAUUCGUGAUACCAGAAAACCGAAUCAGGUCCAUCUACAGAGAUCUGAGAUGUAUGAAACCAGCCAAGCGAUCCGGUUCAGCAGUCCGUUCAGCAUGCCGAAGGAGACCCUGCCCGAGGUCGCCACGCGCAGACAGGUCAUCGCCAAACCCGAGCAGACGAGUAAACUCAAACCAGCACGAGAUGAAACCAAGGUGGAAGUGUCGGUGGUGGACGGAGCUCAGCCCACACAACUCAACGCAGGGCCUGCGGAGGGCAAAAGUAAAGCAGAGGCAACUGGAGAGAAAUCACCUGCAUCUGACACCACUAAGACCCUGAACAAAGAGAAUAAAAAGCAUUCAAACACGCACAACAACCAGGAUGCACACACACCUCCAAACACUGGGAGCCCUUCGCACGGCACACAACCCGUCCCGGGAUCAAACACAACAAGAGAGGCAGAAACCAAUUUGAACACACAGCGUGAGGUCUUCUACAGAGGUACGCAAAGUCCUCCCACUGACUCAAACACAGAACCGUACACGCAAACAAAGACGGUGUCGCCGAGCACAGAUUCAAACGCACAAGCUGUUCACGCACAGCCACAAACUUUACGUGACAAUCCUCCUCUCACCUCUUCUUCUACAACUCCCAAUGGUCCCCUCCCUUCCUCCGCAGCAUCCCCAUCGUCCACCUCAACCCCUCCCGUCCCUAAACCUCGCACCAUCCAGCUGGUCAUCAAAGACGGCGUCAGCGGCGAUGGCCAGAAGCUGCCGGAGUUCAGUGUUGUCAAGAAGCCCGAGACAAUCACAGGGGUCCACAAUGAUCCCGCUGUAGCAGCUGCGGUCCAGCCUUUGCCAGAAAAUGAGCCCGAGACCGUCCCAGAACCGCAGAGCGGCAGUGGAAGGAAAAAGGGAGCAAAGAAAGAUGCAGAUAACACCUCGGGUAUCGGAGAACAAAUUCCUAAAGCACAGGUGAGCUCACACAUACCAGAGAGAGCCCUGCGCCUACAUCUCCCCGACACACUCGUGCCAGACUUUCGCUCGCCGACGCCGGAGAGAGAAUCUCGGUCGCUCUCGGCUCUCAUGCGCACUCCGACUCCGGACGGAUUUCUCCCGCGCACGCCCACCCCGGACUCACAGACAAACACCCCUGAUCGGCGCACUCCGACAUCCGACGGGUAUAUGUCACCGAGAGCGGGCUCCGCUCUCUCCGCCAACUCAGAGGAGUAUUACGAGUGUAACUACUCCCCAGUUUUUGACCGAGCGGCUUCCGGGACGACGGAGGAUUAUGUUAGCUUCACACACACCAAUACUCUCAACGCCACCACUUGUGCUGCUACGUUAGGCUUUACAAACAGGAGUUCCUCUAGAAGUGAAACAGAGAGUUUAUCUGGGCCUCCUAGUGUCUCCUCUUUGUCUUCUUUAAAAGUGAAAAUGCGGGAGGAAAAUGUAGAAAAUGGGAGGGAAGAGGAUGAAAAAGGGAGCGUGGAAGAGAGGAGUUCAGAGGGAAAUUAUCAGGUGACGGAGAGGAGAGGCAGCGAGGACGCAAAGAGAACGGCAGACCAUUUUAAACAAGCUAAAGAUCCAACGGAGACGGAAGAAGAACACAAGGAGGCUCAAACUCAGGCCCCAAAGAGAAAGAGGGUCCUAAACCAAUCAGCAGCGGAGAAACCGGUCGACACGGGAGGGACUCCGGGACAAUUAACCAAUGAGAGGACAAAGCCAAAGCGACUGUCAUCAGGUGACCUCCAACCAAGGAACACGUCUUCUGAGAGAAAGACACCGGACAAGGAGAAGGCAGCAGACAGGGUGGCAUUAGGACCCAGCGGAGCGGAGAGGAGAGACAUAUACACUGAUGGACAGAAGCUUUUGCAUACGCCUCCCAGAACUCCACAAGGACAGCAGCGAGACGUCAGAGGAUCGUCCCCUUCCCAACCAUCCGGACCCCCUCAACCCCUCUCAAUCAACCAGGCUUUUGGGCCUCGUCCCUGGGGGAGCCACCAGCUGAACCAGGCAGAGAGCAAGGUGCUCCACGGUGGUCUCCAGAGCACGGAUAACACCUCGUCUCCUCGCAGACCGCCGUCCAGACUUCCUCCGACCACAGCGGGUUAUGUCUGGUCAGUGGACGGGCUGAAGGAGAAGGAAGUCUCCCACAGCCAGCAGAGCCCCUUCUCUCGACAGCCUCCGGCGGCGCAGGGCAGGACGAGAGCCGGACAUCCUUUCCCAAAAGCCGAAGCCUCCCUCCGUCCAUCCCAGAACCAGACGGCAUCACCGCAGGAAGCUCAUCGGCAGGAGGAAAAGAAGGCUCCUUUUAGCUUCACUUUUAGCCGGCUGUACAGUGUGAAGGGGCUGAAGGAAAGGGUGAGCAAACUGCCCGGACAGAGCAAGAUAGGCAGCGCCAGCGCUUCAGGACCGGGACGUAAGAGCACCAGCUAG